CCAUAUAAUCCUCGGCGCAGCCACUCGGACGCUUCCAUCGGCAGCCAUUCCUCCAAUGAAUCUGGCUAUGGUGGCUCCUCUCCUAAUUUUUCAAGGCAGAAUAGCAACAGCACUUUAUCCAUCAACGCAAGCAACGCCUCUGUUACCUUCACCAAUGCCUCCACUUCAAAAACCGCAGACUCCCCAGUAACAAGCAGCAACCCAUUGGACUUGUGUGCUCCAUCCAAAGCUGGCUCAGUUGUGGAUGGAACCUUUAAAAGGGCCAGUGAAACAGACUCUGGAAUAUCAGCCCAGGCAAUGGAGAAGGAGCAGAGACAAUCGCGAGAAAGCUUAACCGACUCUGCCCAACAGAUGGACUCUAAAAGACGGGGCAACCAGGUUGAAAAUGGAAGUAACUCAACAUUACCAAGCAAUGGGGACAAAGGGCAGGUCUCCACCAAUCGCAGGGGCUUGAGGAAGAAAGGACUUGCUACAGCAACAGAAAAAGAACAAGAAGGCUCUGAGCAAGAGGGGGACCAGGUGUAUUAUGCAGUAUACACCUUUAGGGCACGCUCCCCCCAACGAACUUACAGUAUCGGCCAAUCAGAGACUCAGGAUCCUGGAGUUCAAAGACAUGAACGGGAACAGCGAAUGGUGGUUGGCUGAAGUGGAAGGGCGGCGCGGGUACGUGCCAUCCAAUUACAUCCGGAAGACGGAGUACACGUGA